CAUGGGUGAGGAGAGAAAAAGCUCUUCCUUUUCUCCCUCUCUGCUUCUGUGUUUCCUCUGAUUUCUGUCAAUUAUUUUUGCGCUCUCUCUCUUUAUUUCUUUCUUUGUUGUCCUUCUUUUCCUGUUCCACUUUGUUGGAGAUCUUUUACAAGACUGUUCGUAUUUUUGUUCUUCCCCCAGAAUGGAAAUUAGCGUUUUCCCUCCCUUGAUUUCUCUGUGGGAAUGUGAUCCAAGAUUGUACUUUGAUGUGUUUUCUCUUAUAUCUUGAGUAUUAAUUUUCCCCCCAUUUGUUUUUGAUUCAUCAUCUGCUUUCUUCCUUAUGGGUUUUGCUAAACGAGAUCGUGAUGGUGCGCAAAAGUUUUGAUUUUCUUUGUUUUGAAUUGAAACAUGGGCGAAGCAAACGAAGCAGGAAGUAGAGGUAUGGAGAAGCUUCCUCUACAAUCUGAAAAAUACCCAACAGAUCUGCUGCAGAGAUUUUUGUGUAGCAAUUCUCAUCAAGCCCGUAUUGCGGCGUUUAAUGAAGAAGAAGAUGCAGAGGAGAUUGAGCUGAAUCUCGGGCUUUCUCUAGGGGGUAGAUUUGGGGUUGACAAGAAUGCGAAGAAGCUUAUUCGGUCGUCGUCGAUUGCGGGUACGAUACCCCUUUUGAGGGACGACGAGGGCUCGAUUCCGGCAGCAGCGUCGUACCCGGCGUUGAUACGGACGUCGUCUCUUCCGCCGGAGACGGAGGAGGAGUGGAGGAAGAGGAAGGAAUUGCAGACUUUGAGGCGAAUGGAGGCGAAGAGGAGGCGGUUUGAGAAGCAGAGGAAUAAGGACGGGAUUGGAAUGGGGAGCGGCGGGUGUUUUGAAGAGGAAAGACGCGAAAUUGAUGGCCUUACCGGGUUGAAUUUGAGAGAGAAGAGGCCUUGUUCUGGUUUCACGGCGGUGGCGCCACCGUUCGGGUCGCCGACGUGGGCUGCAGCCGCUCGACAGGCUCUUAUCUUAGGCGGAAUUGUGGAUGAGGUGGCCAAAGGCAAAGGAUGUACAUCAGGUGGUGGCGGUGCCGGAGGUGGUGGUCUACCAGGCGUCGGUCAGCCCGCUUCACAGUGCUCCGCUGAGUCGCAAGGUGGAAGCUCGUCGGGGAUGUCGGAGUUGGACAGCAGACACAUCCAAGGAUCGAGCAGUUAUGGCGAAGCAAGAAGCUCCUCACAAGAACGAGGCAACGCAGAGGCUGUGGGUUCAUCAGGAUCAAAGAUGUGUGAAAACCCAUCUGGCAGUUCCCAAGCGGAGACAAAGAAUCCAUCCAAGAAACCCGACUCGGGCGAGAACAGGGGAAGAGAAACGGGACCAGGAACAACGUCGAUGGAAGACAUGCCUUGUGUGUUCACAAUAGGGGAUGGGCCUGAUGGGAGAAGGGUGGAGGGAAUUCUCUACAAGUAUGGAAAAGGGGAGGAAGUGAGAAUAAUGUGUGUGUGCCAUGGGAAGUUUCUGUCACCAGCAGAGUUUGUGAAGCAUGCUGGUGGGAAAAAUGUGGCUCACCCACUGAGACAUAUAGUUGUGAAUCCCAAUUCUGGCCCCUUUUUGUGAUGAUGUUUGUCCAACCAUCCUCUAGUCAGCCCCAUCAAACAUUUGGGAAGCCUUCAAAUAGGAAACAUAGAGAGCUUAGUGUUUAUGAAAAGAGAUAAUCUUUUUUUAUUGUAUUUAUUUGUUUUCUUACCUUGUAGAGUGAGUCAUGUCUUGAAGAGAUUUUUGAAUGGCUCUCAGCUGGAAGAGAUAUUAUGGAUCAUAGCAUUCAUAUUUCUUCCUCGUUUGUAUCUCAAGUUGGAUAGAAAAGAAAGCAGCAGCAGCACAGGACCAUUUUCAGAACAAAUUGUUCUGAAACUUUCUCUGAUGCAGAUUGAGGCAUCGAUCCUCAUCUCGCGGACGAGGAUGCUGUGUCGAUCUUCGACGAAGUCGAUGAAUGAUGGGCCUCUCGCCAACAUAACUGUCUCUCCUUUCUCCUGCUUCUUGACAUUAAAAUCAUGGCAUUUUCAUAGUCAUUGAUGGAAAGAGCAUUGCUUUUCCACA